AUGGAUAACGGACUCUCCAGAAGACAUGAAAUCUCAGAGCUCCUGCAACUAGUCGACAGCACAACAACAAGAGCAUUCCACAAUUCUUGUGGAAGCCCAAAGUCUGACUGUCGCGAUGACAGCAAACCUCUGAAACGAUAUGAGGAGCUUUUCGGUAGCUUCUCAGCAGAGGGCCUUGGAUCUGCUGGCUUCAAAGAUGCCAUUGAUCUUAUAAGCCGCAACUCGGUUGACAACGCAUCGCCUUCUUUCUUGGGCAAACUCGUGUCGGCCCCUUCAGCACCCGGUAUCGCUGCAGAUUUAUUCCUGUCCAUCUUGAACAACAACGGACAUGUUCAACGAGCAGGUCCAGCUCUCACAGCGAUUGAGAAGCAUACCAGUCUUGAGUUGGCCAAGCUUUUUGAUCUCCAAGGCCCACAUGCGGGAGGUGUCACUGUUCCUGGUGGAGCUGCUGGAAAUCUCAUGGCUAUGCUUGUUGCACGAAACAUUAUUGCUCCAGAGUCCAAGCAACGAGGUCUUACUCCUGGCGAGUAUGCUGUCUUUGUUUCAGAAACCGCUCAUUAUUCAGUUUCCAACUCUGCCAAUGUCAUCGGGCUUGGGAAUGACUCUAUUGUUCGCAUUCCUACACUGGACAAUGGGGCUAUGGAUCCCGAUGCCCUCCAGCGCGCCGUUGAGCAAGCUACCCAGGAUGGCAAGAAACCAUUGUUGAUCGCGGCCACGUCUGGAAGUACAGUCAACGGAGCUUUUGAUCCCCUUGACAAGAUAGGCGAGAUUGCCCAUAGAGUUGGGGCUUGGUUCCACGUCGAUGCUUGCUGGGGAGGAGGUGUUGUGUUCUCCGACAAGCUGAAGCACUUGAUGAAGGGUAGCCAUCUUGCGGAUUCUAUCGCUUUCAACCCUCACAAGCUACUGGGAGUACCACUCGUGUGUGCAUUCCUUUUAGUGAAUGACCUGCGAACUCUAUGGCUUGCCAACAAGCUCAACGCUGGCUACCUAUUUCAUGACGAUAGCCCCAAGCAGAACGCGGACGGUACUGGCGACGAUGGAAGUGUGGAGAAGAAGGAUUGGAGACAGUCCAAGCUUCUUGAUACCGCGCCUGACGUCAGGAAGAUCAACGAUCUCGCUUCCUUGACGAUCCAGUGCUCUCGUCGACACGACGGAACCAAGAUGUUUCUUCACUGGCUUUACUACGGCACAGCAGGUAUUGCCCGAGAAGUCGAGCAGGCGGUCGACAGCGCUAAACAUCUUGCCUAUCUUGUAAGAGAUCACCCGCACUUUGAGUUGAUCUGGCAACCUGAAGAGGUUUUCGCCCAGGUCUGCUUCUACUGGAAGUCAUCGUCCACUGCGGACAAGUCUGGGCAGGAGCUGGCAGACGUCAACAGUCGCAAUACGCGAGCUCUAUUCCAGGGAAUUGAGGAAAUGGGUUGGAAGGUAGACUUUGCUCCUGGUAAGGUCAAGGGAGAGUUUCUUCGUAUUGCCUGUAACCGGUUGACUACGCGUGAGACGGUGGAGAAGAUAGUUUCGGAACUUGUUGAGUUGGGCGAAUCUCUAGGCCUAUAG